AAUGUCGACCCCACCCCCUCCAACCUCGUCGGCGCCGGCUACCUCGCGACGCUCGCCUCCGCGGCGCCGCCCGACAAGGUGGCGAACGCAAGCACGGCCAUCUUCUGCCUGCUGCGGCUCGAGGUGAACCCGCAGCGCGGGGCGGCGCGCCUGACGGUACGCUCGCGCCACGCGCCCCUCGCCGACAGCUUGGUGAAGGCCUUCGCCGCCGCCUUUGGCAACGUCGCCGCGCCCAUACCGUGA